CUGGAGGCCGUUAGCCGCGCAUGCGCAGGGAGCCGCUGCGAGGCCCUAAGGAGUCCCACCCUCUUUGGCUAACAUGCCUUUCGGACUUUCUGCUGGGAGCACCCGCUCCGAGGAUGGAAGCGAGUUCUUUCUGGAGGGAAUAGUGGAUUGGGAGCUGAGCCGACUGCAGCGACGGUGCAAAGUGAUGGAGGGUGAAAGGCGGGCCUACAGCAAGGAAGUCAACCAGCGCGUCAAUAAGCAACUUGCAGAAAUCCAGCGCCUACAGAACGUGCGGGAUGAACUUCAGGUUCAGAUCGGCAUUGCCCAGAACCAGGUCAAGCGCCUGAGGGACAAUGAGAGGCUGGAGAACAUGGGCCACCUGCUGAAGUGCCGGGCCCAGGUGCAGGCCGAGAUCAAGGAGCUGCAGGAGCAGACCCGAGCCCUGGACAGGCAGAUCCAGGAGUGGGAGAUGCGGAUUUCUGUCCUCAGUAGGGAGUGCAAGGCCCCAGGAGUCCUCCUGGAUCAGAAGGCCAAGGUCCGGAGAAGGAUCAAGGUCAUGGAGGACCAGCUGGACAAGGUCACCUGUCGCUUUGACAUCCAGCUGGUGCGGAAUGCAGCCCUGAGGGAGGAGCUGGGUAUCCUGCUGAUUGAGAGGAAUCACUACAUGAACGUAGACCGCAAGCUGCAGAAGGAGGUCCGGCGCCUGCGGCACACAAUCAGCACCCUCAUCGUCUCCUCCACCUCCGCCUACUCCGUCAGGGAGGAGGCGAAGACCAAGAUGGACAUGCUGCGGGAGCGGGCGGACAAGGAGGUGGUCCAGAACCAGAUGGAGGUGCAGACCCUGCAGCGGCAUAUUGCGCAUCUGGAGCAGCUGCACCGCUUCCUCAAGCUCAAGAACAACGAUCGGCGUCCGGAUUCGGCCGUGGUGGAGAAGCGCGAGAGACGGGCCCGGGAGGUGGCUGAGGGCCUCCGGAAGACCUCCCAGGAGAAGCUGGUGUUGCGGUACGAGGACACCCUGAAUAAACUGUCCCAGCUGACCGGGGAGAGCGACCCGGACCUGAUGGUGGACCAGUACCUGGAGAUGGAGGAACGCAACUUCGCUGAGUUCACCUUCAUCAAUGAGCAGAACUCCGAGCUGGAGCGUGUGCAGGAGGAGAUCAAGGAGAUGCAGGAGGCCAUGGAGAGCAUGCGCACCAGCGAGGCCGCCCGGCAGACGCUGCAAGAGCAGCAGGGGGCGGCCUUGCAGCAGACCAUACAAGGGGUGCGCUCGGAAGCAGAUGACCUGGAGGCCCGCUCCCAGGAGUUUCGGAGGCAGCUGGAGAAGCUCAAGGCCGGUAUCCAGCAGCUGUUCACCAGGGCCCACUGCGACAGCACCAUCAUCGAUGACCUCCUGGGGGUCAAGACUCACAUGCGGGACCGCGACAUAAGCCUCUUCCUGAGCCUCAUCGAGAAGCGCCUGGUGGAGCUCCUGACGGUGCAGGCCUUCCUAGAAGCCCAGGGCCACCCCCCCUCCAGCCUGGUGAGCGCUGCCCUGAUGGUGCUGGGCCAGAGCCCCGAGGACCUGCCCAAGAAGGUGGCCCAGCCUCAGCUCUCGGACUAUCUGGAGGAAACCCAAGGCUUUGAGGCCAAAGAAGACUAUCCUAUGAGCAAGGAGGAGCUGCUGAGCCACGUGAAGAAGGCACUGGAGGCCCGGGAGCUGGCCCGCGAGCAGAACAUGAAGGAGCUGGUAGAAGUGGUGAGGAAGACGGACAGCAACCAGAGCGUGACCCUCUCCGGCACCCAGAAGUCCGGCUCGGGCACGCGGCUGGAGACCACCAAGAGCUCGGCGACGGCCCCCGGGUCUGUCUUCAGCAACAGGACCAGCGGCAUCCUGGUGUCCAGCGGAGGCCGCGCCGCCAGCUCCAACGUUGGCCACGUCACCUUCGGUGGCCCAGGCUCCAGUGCAGGCAACGUGACUUCGCCUGGCUCCACCAGCGGCAGCCCGGUCUCGACUGGGGGUCGCGUGACCUUCAGACCCCUCAGCUCGAGCAGCUACCUGGGGUCCACGGGGUACCUGGAGUCCAGCAGAGCCCCCGAAAGCUUUGGAGGUACGCAGAUCAGAGGCCCCAAGUCGGAAUCCAGCACCGGCCCCCCCUCCAGCACCGGCCCAGGCUCCACCAGGAGCAGAGACUCUUGAAGCGGUGACCAGGGUGCCUGGGCCCCCCAACCCUGCUGCUGCCCCUGCAGGGCCGGCCGGUGUGUCUCUGCCCGCGCCUGCCCGGAUUUUCCCUGUGGCUUCGUCUUUCUCUCCCACUUCCAGGCUCUGGUCUCUUCGCCCCCACAGCUGGCUCUGCUUCCCCCGUGGUGACCCCCGUUUGUUUCUGGGGGCUCUUCUCAUCCCGUCUCUGUCUCCUGGCCUCGCUCUCCGCUCCACACGCUCCCUCCCCUUUCGGCCUUCCAGCCCCCUGCUCCGCUUCCCACUGGGCGGCGUAUCUGGUGUCUGGUUCAUGUCACGUCCACUCGCCCGUCCCUCCCCAUUUCCCUUUCCUUCUCCUCGUCUGCGUGUCUCAUGUCCCUGUCUCGGUAGCUCCUCAUUCCUUGCCCCACCCCCAGCAAGAGCCCCCAGUACUGACUGUGGGGGAAGAAGUGGGGCAAACAGAUUGGGGUCAGCAUGAGCCGUGACCAUAGGAAAUAAAGAUCAGAGCCCAAAUUUUCCCCCAGCCUGGUGACAGGUAUCUACGUGAGAGAGCACUUGCAAGAGACAUGGCUGUUCCCCUACCUUCAUGGCCCAGGGGGACAUUUAUGGCCCGGUUCAUUCAUUCGUUCAUUCAUUCAGCCUUUCAUUUUGUUGAGACCUCCCCACGUCAGGCUCUCCUGAGAACUGGGUGCGGUAUCAGUCAGGAUGGGCUGGGUUGUGCUGCAGUAACAAACAACCCCAGGAUCUCAGUGGCCCGAAUGCAACAGAGGUUUAUUACUCCAUCGUCAUUUGUCAGCCGGGAUAAUCUCAGACAGUGUCAAGCUCUGUCCUACCUUCUCCGUGGAGACUCAGAGAGUCAGGAAAUCAAUUUAAGGGGAUCUAACCAGCUUUAAAAACAGAAGUAGAGCAGACUAAAACAUAUUACGCAGGACAGGGUGGUUUUUCACGAAGCUAUGUUGCUGACGUGAAAUGAUUUCUUACCCUGCAUCAGAAAAGUUCGGCAGAGGCCACUGGUCCACCGCCCCCAGCUUCAAAUACUGAUUUCCAUGUGACUGACCCACCGGGAACCGCGGACAGCAACUCCUUGGUUCUAAGGCAAACAUUUUGGGUGUCCUGGCCACGCUGCUGCCAGGCGGCGCCCGCGUCUGGCCGUAAACCAGUGGUUUCCUUAUGGUCCUGCCUGGAGGGACCAAAGAUCCCGUUUACCAGGACUAGAAGCCUUGACCAUGAAUACACUCUCCAAACAAAGUGCAGGGAGGAGGGCUCCAGUCACAGGGAUGUGGCCGUCCUGAGAUCCAUUCACCCCUUCCUCACUCCACCUGUUCUUUAAACGCCUCUGUGUGCCAAAGUCCCUGCUCCCAGAGCUCACAUCUGGUGGGGAGUACGGACAAGACCCCAAAUCCACGACCUUGUCAGUACCGGGAGGCCUGGUGUGGGGUGGGA